AUGAUGCAAGGGGAGGUUGGGCCUGCUGUUCUAAAGCAGGGGGCUCAAGAGGACAAAGGAGACACUGCGCGCCUGCAAUACUUUGUGGGUGCAAUAGCAGUGGGUGACCUGGUGAAGGCUACACUGGGGCCCAAGGGCCUCGACAAGGUGCUGCAGCCGAUGCAGCUGGAGGCCUCGCGGCGUGAGGGCCCCACGGUCACCAACGAUGGAGCCACCAUACUCAAAGCUGUGUGGCUUGAUAACCCUGCUGCUAAGAUUCUAGCAGACUUGGCUCUGCAGCAAGACAUGGUGUGCGGCGACGGCACGACGGGCGUCGUUGUGUUAGCAGCAGAGCUGCUGCGAGAGGCAGAGCAACUCGUAGAAAAAAAUAUUCAUCCUCAGACGAUCAUAAGCGGAUACAGAAAAGCAGCAGCAGCAGCAAGAAAGAAGCUCGCUGCUGUUGCUUUUGGGGUGGAGACAGAUGAGGGUUUGCGUACUGCGCUGUUGAAUGUGGCCCGAACCACUCUAUCCUCCAAGCUGUUGCCAGCUGACAAAGAGCAUUUCGCCAAGAUAGCAGUAGAUGCUGUGCUGCGGCUGAGAGAGAACGCAGCCUCUCUCGACCUUAUUCAUAUUUUAAAAAAACCCGGCGGGUGUUUGCGGGACUCGUAUCUCGAUGAGGGUUUUAUACUCGAAAAAAAAAUAGGGGUUGGACAGCCCAAGGUGAAGGAAAACUGCAAGGUGAUGGUAGCCAACACCCCCAUGGAUACAGAUAAAAUAAAAAUAUUCGGAGCGAGAGUAAAAGUGGAUUCAUUUGAGGCCGUUCAUCAGCUUGAGCUCGCAGAGAAAGAAAAAAUGAAAGAAAAAGUGGAGAAGAUAUUAGCGUAUAAAUGUGACGUAUUUAUAAACCGCCAGUUAAUAUACAACUACCCCGAUCAGCUGUUUAAAGCUGCUGGUGUUGCAGCAAUAGAACAUUCAGACUUUGAUGGGAUGGAGCGGCUAGCUGCAGCACUAGGAGCAGAGAUACUCUCCACCUUCGAUACACCUUCACAGGUAGAAAGGGUUUUGUCUUUGUGGGUGGAGCGAGGGGUUCUGAGCAACGACGAGAGAAGAGAGAUUAGCUUCUUUUGCUGCAUACCGCAGCAGCAGCUGCAGCAGGCUCUAACCCCUUCUCGUUCUGAUGCAGAGCGGCGACAUGGGGGCUUUGGGGACUACGAUGACAUGAUGGGAACACCAGAGCCGUCGCGAGGGUUUGAUAGGCGGCCAGAAGAAUUAGGGUUUACGCCUGAGACCGUUUCUGUGGGGGUAAUGGCGACGAUGCUGCGGAGCAUCAUCAAGCGUAAGCUGCAGCAGCAGCAACCGCUACAGCAGCAGCAGCAGCAGCAGCAGCAGCAGUUCAGCUUGCAGCUGUCUUCAGCUUCGUCAUGCAGCGCUGCUGGGCCUGCAUUCGUCUCCCUGGGGCCGCGGGCCUGGGGGAGACGAUCCCGGGAUCGUCUCCUCCCCACCCCACACACCCCACAGUGUGUGCAGCAGAGUUUCUCUCACUGCAGCAGCAGCAGCAGCAGCAGGAGCAGCAGCAGGAGCAGCAGCAGCUUGAGGAGGAAGAGGAGGGGCCUUUCCUUAUCUCUGGGGGCAUCGGGGGCCCCCCCAGGUGUUCUCUCAGGGGGCCCCCAGGGGGGCCCCCAGGGGCCCCCACCGACUGCAGAAGCAGAAGAAGAUACUGACUUCGAGAGCUGGGGGCCCCUAUCCCCUGCAGAUAGUUAUGCAGGUGCCUAUACAGCUCAGCUGCCUCUGAAGGAGACAGGGGCCCCCGCCGCGUCCCCUGGUGUAAUAGAUAUGCAUUUCGGGGCCCCCGGGGAGACCCUGAACAGGGGGGGGGGCCCCCCGUCGGGGGCCCCCCAACCCCCCUCUAGAGAGAGAGGGGGCCCCCAGGGAGAAGGGUACUGGCAACACCUUCAGCUGCCCCUGGAGACGUUUUUAUUUUUAGGUAUUGAUGCGGAGACAGAUGCAAUUCGUUAUAUGAAAGAGGGGGCCCCCCACCUGCUGCGGGGGGCCCAUGCUAGGCGGAGAGCAGCAGCAGCAGCAAGGGCCCCCAGGGGGGCCCCCGCAUUCAGUACCCUGAAGCAGCAAAUCGAUAAAUUCUUUGAGGCCCUGUACCCUCGUGCUGCAGCAGCAAGCUACACCCCUCCCCCUCUCCCCCCGCAGCAACAGCAACAGCAGCAGCAGCAGCAGCAGCAGCAGCAGCAGCAGCAGUUGCAUGCAGCAGCAGAGAUAUGGGAGGAGUUCAGGGGGGCCCUCUUCUCCCCCGAAGAGAUACCCCCCUUUAAGGAUUUGCCUGUAUCUAUCACGCGGGGGGGGGCCCCCCUGUGGCAGGUGAGGAGGGCCUCAGCUGUGACGGGGGCCCCCGGGGGGCCCCCCCUAACCAGAAAGAUGCUGCUGCGGCUACCUGAAUUGGCUCUGCACGAGGCCCUGCUGCUGCCCCCGCAGCAAGCAGCAGCAGCAACACCACAACCAGCAGCAGCAGCAGCAGCAGCAGCAGCAAAAACAGCAGCAGCAGCAGCAGCAAGGGGGAGACGCGCGUUGAGGUGGGCUGUGCUGAGCGCCAUGGUUCGCUAUAGAGAGGUACUGGACCCCGAGGCCCGGGGCCUCAUAGAAGAGGGGGGGCCCCCCGAGCAGGGGCCCCCGGGGGCCCCCCUGGAGGGUUCACUUAGAGUUGGGCUCUCGGCCUCAGGCCGCCGUCGUCGGCUGCAGUUGCUGCGUACUAUUUCUCAGCUGAUGACAGCUCUCGCCCGGUUGUUGUUUUUAAAUGGUUUUUGCGUAAAUGCUCCUCGCGCGUUUCUAGCAGAAGGAGAGAGUCAACUGCCUGCUGACGGUACUGUGCGUUUCUCUCCGUCUAUAAACCCUAAAGAAGAAAUAGCUUGGGCUUAUGAGAUAGGAACAGUGAAUGAAAUAGAGAAGCAGCGUCGUGGUGGUUGUUCUGUAUCUCCUUCUUUGUUGCUGCUGCAUAUGCAUGCAUCUUUGUGGCACAGCUGCGUAUGUUGGGGUGCUGCUGCUGCUGUCUCGUUGCUGCUGCAGCAGCAACUGAGGAGGUUUGCUGCUGUCUGCGGUCAGCAGCAGCAGCAGCAGCAGCAGCAGCAGCAGCAGCAGCAGCAGCAGCAGCAGCAGCUGUACAUGCAGCAGCAGCAGCAGCAGCAACAGCAGCAGCAGCAGCAGCAGCAGCAGCAGCUGUACAUGCAGCAGCAGCAGCAAUAG